UGAGUGCCCUCGCGCCAUGCUGAAGGCGGCUGCGAGGCGCAAGCCGGGCCCGCAGGAGGGCAUAGACCACCUGUUCCUCCUGCCAGAGAGGGCGCUCACCAUGGACAGCGGCCGUCUGCAACAGGACUUGGCGGGGCUCGACUUCAGCGUGCGCGUGCUGCACUCGGCGCCCCAGGGUAACGUCUGGCUCUCUGGUGCUGCACCAGUGGACGGUGAGCAGGGGCGACACUCUUCCCGAAACGCACCUGCAGUCAAAGGACAAUCUGGUACACUUCACUGGUUUGCAUACGUUGGACAAGAGCCCGAUUUACUUCAGAAUGAAAGUGUUAGCGAAGGAAAGGAUGCUGUGACACGAGACAGGGAAGAGCGGCUACGUUUGCUAAAGGAACGCCAAAAUGAAGAACGGCAAAGGAAGUUAGAGGAAUUGAAGCAGCAGGCUCUUGCUGCCCAGAAGUUUCGUGAACAGAAGGAGGAGGAGCGACGACGGCGCAUUGAAGAGCUCAGGCAACGGGACAAUGAUCGACGACUGCAGGUGGAAGAACGCAAGCGACAAAUAUACGAAGCUGAGCGGGACCGUAGGGAAGCCAUAUUGCGAAAAAAUCAGGAACGUGAAGCUCGCAUAGACUCGAAGAGGAAAAAUGAACGAAGUUCUGCAGUAUUUGCUUUUGGUAGUUCAACACCACGAAUGUUGGAACCAGCCGACACCGGCGGUUCAUUUUGGGGUACAAGGAGGGCAACUUCAACCAGUAACGUAAUGAUGUUCACGGCUACUCCACUCACUCGACGUUCAUCUGAGCGAGAAUUAGAUGGAACUGGCAAGAAGAGAGCAACCUCUGCCAGUGGCCUAGACCGAAAGCCAGGUGAAGAUAUGAAAAUGUCCACUUCAAUGUACGAAGUUUUCCACUGGAAUGAAUCUCCUCAACCUGUGGGUACUGCCACUCAUCGUGCCCAAAGCAUUUCUGGUGUUUAUAGCUCUGAUUUAGGGGCUCCUCCCCAGAAAAAACUUGAUUUAGACUCUACUUUGUCAGUGAAAAAAGAUGGAAGUAGCUUUUCAAGUGCCCCCCAAACACCCUCCUCUAAUAUUGCCAGUAUUUUCAGCGGCUCCGCUGGUGGUGAAGAAACAGAUGGGCAGCAGCAGAAUUCAGCGCAGACCAUUGUACGAGUUAAUCGACGCAAGACAGAUCUGAUGCCAACGAUACCAUCACCUCGUGAUACAACACCCAGCUCCAGCAGUCGGCGGGCACCGAGCCGCUCGCCAGGUAGGGCGCUGUCGAUGUCUCGUCUGGAUGUGCUGUCUCAGCCUCGAUUCCCUCGGCGCCAGGUGGCUUUUCCUACACCUGCCCCACGACAGCGCCUGGCAUUGGGGUCCUCCCAAAGCAUGUCACGUAGCACAGGCCAUCUGGCAGCAGUAGGAGCAGACAGUCAGCUACGGCGCAUGGAUGCUGCACGAAGCAUGUCACACUUAUGUGGAAAUGCACCUCCCGUGCCUCCUCCCCGUACAACACGGGCAGAAAGGUUGCGCCAACAAGCAGCAGGACUGCGUUCUGGCGAAGUAACUCCAUCAAGACCAGUGAGUGCCCUGAGCCAACAUAGCGUAAACAGCGUAGGAUCAGGGACAAGCCUGCGGACACGUCCAUCAACUGCCCCACGCCGUCCUCGUCCCUUCAGUAUUGCAGUUACUGGUGUCAGCCAUGAGCCAGCACAGAAGCAUGGUGCUUCUGGAGAACAAAAAUCUUCAAAGCUGCAGAGCCCAGGUGGUGAGAAGGAAGUAUCUAAGCCUCCAAUACCAAGAGUUCAUGGUACGAAGAAACCAACAAAACCAGAAAACUUACCAAAGAAACCUACUGAAAAGAUAACAAAGGUAUCAAAGGCAUCACCAAAAAUAACUCCCAAGGCUACUCCUCUACAGUCUCCAGGCUCUGAAGGUACACCAUUACUACCACAAGGACAGGAAGUUUCGGAGGCAGAGAAGGAUAAAAUGAUUUCAAAAGAAAACAGUAAGGCUGAAGGCACUGAGAGCACAGGGUCAGAUGUAGUAGCAGUUGUACCUACAACAGAACCCGGAGAAUUUCCAGAAAAGACAAAUGAAAUUUUAAAAGAACCAGUUGAAUCAAAGGAGACUGAAAAAGAGAUAUCUGAACUCAGUGAUUUAAAAGAGGGGACAUCUCCAAGGGAACUAGUAGAGCCCAGUGAUCAGCAGGAGGAGAUUAAGAAAUCAGUUGAAUCAAGUGAGAUAAAGAAAGAAGUAACUGAAUUGAAUGAAGGAAAUAAAAAACCUUUAGAACUGAAAGAAGAAAAAUCUGCCCCCCAAAUUACAGGCGAUAUUAAAUCAGAUGCACUUGAGGCAGGACAAGUAGUUACUGGUGAAGAAAGGCAAGAAGUUAAGGGCAUAGAUCCUUCCACUGCUCAGGUGUCUGAAACUGAAGCAGAGAUGACAGCUUCCAUGAUAGCCAAAACGCGAAUAACUACUGAAGAAGAAGCGAAGGCAGCACUGGCUGAGAGGAGACGUCUAGCUCGGGAACAAGCAGAGAGGGAAGCAGAGCUUGAGAGGCAAAGAUUGGAAGAAGAGCGUCGGAAAGAGGAGGAACGUAUACGGUUAGAAGAAGAAGAACAGCGUCGCUUUGAAGAGGAACAGCUGCGCCUUGUGGAGGAAGCACGAAAAGCUGAGGAGCAAAGACUCUUGCUAGCUAUCCAGGAAAAUGAAAGACGGGAGAGGGAAGAAAAAAAGAAAAGGGAGGAGGAAAUGAAGGCCAAAGCAGAAAAAGAAGAGGCAGAGAGAAAAGCCCGAGAGGAAGCAGAAAGGUUGCGUAAAGAGAUGGAUGAACGACUAAAGAAGGAAGAAGAGGAGCGCAUUGCCCGUCGCAAACGUGUGGAAGCAAUCAUGUCACGCACUAGAGGGAAAGGUGCAACACCCACAAGCACUCCUGUUAAGGGCCAGCUUGAAGGUGAAAGUGGUGGUGAUGAAGAAGGAAAGGAUGUCAGUCCUACAGAAGAGAGAAAAAUUGUGCCUAGUGGAGAUGGUCAUAUGGAUGUGGGGAAUAAGGAGUCUAUGGAGACAGAAAAGGGUACAGAUGUGGUUCCCAGCAGUGUUGUAGAAAAUGGGAAAACUGCUACUAGUGAACAAUUGUUAACUGAGAAUAGUAAUGUGAAAACAGCAGAAAUAAGUGGCAACCAUGUAAAUAGUAAUAACACUAAUCUUGAGCCUGUAACUCAGUUGCAGAACAGCAACGGGCAUCGAAAUGGCACUGAGUACAGAGAACUGGAUUUUGGCAGUGUAGAUAAUGUGAAACAAAGUAAUACAUUAGAGAUCAGCACAAGCAAUACAACACAACAAGCCAUAGAUUCAACAGAGUUCGAACAAAUUUUGGAUUUAAACCGCAUUCAGGCUACAGGGAAGCUGGCAAAUGAAGAUAAUGUUAACUCAAAUAUCAUGACUAAUGGUCCCAAUGCUCCCAUUAUUGCUUUUCAGGACAAUCUGUCCAAGAAACAGGAUACAAAUUCUGUAACUGAUCUGCUAUCAUAGUGCAUUCUACUACACAAUUCAAGAAGUGACAAAUGAAGAAAUUCCUUGCUUACUGCAUCAGAUACGAAUGUGUAAUGUAAAUAAAUUGAGAAAUUGUGUCUGGAUAAGACUGAUUCAAGACUGGAUGGUGAUCUUUAAGAGUGAGAAAAACCAUGUUAAUAUAAUGAUGUUACUGUUUAAUGAUAAUAUUAAUCAUAGUAAUAACAGAAGUGAUACUGCGCAACAUGUUAUGGAAGAAGACCUAUAUCAUACUCAGCUGCAUCACAUUUUAUUUUUUACCAACACAUCUUGUGAAUGUUUGAAUCUGUACUAAAAAGGAAAACAGAUAUAAAUGUGCACAAAAUUAAGAAGCUAUGACACUCUGAAAAUGCGCUUUGUGUAUAAUUAGAAAAUAAUUUUAAAAUGAAACCUGGUUUGUUGUCUGUAAAUCUAACUAUUGUAUACUGGUAAAGUCAAAAUAGCUUCAGAAAACUAGUAUGCUUCCACUUUUGUUAUUAUUUACUUACAAAAUUCUGCUGUGUGUGCAUUUUAUUUUAUUUUCAAGUUAUCAUUGGUGUAUUAUCUAAUUUAUAAUGUUGCAGUUGUUGUUUUGGAUGUAUCAUUUAAUAUUAAAACUCAUGAACAGUUUUAGUAAUAAAAUAUUUACUCCCUAGUCAGCCGAACAUAAGCACUGUGCAAUUUGUAAACCAAGGAUGUUGUAUAUGUUCUGAGUGAUGAGUUCACAUUUGUUGUUAAUAUUAUAAUUUUUCAAAACUGAGUCGUAUAAAUAAUAAUGAUGUUGGUGACAAUGGAAACAACAUACAUAGUAUUUUCCACAGUUGUUCAUUAUGCACUCAGUCAUUUAAUGUUACAAAACACAGUGAGAAUUUUACAUGAUAUGAGAAAACUACUGCUCCCACUCCCCGUCAUUCAGUAUUAUGACGGUUCUGACUUUCCUGUUUAGCAAUAUUAAGUAAUUCAUUGACGAUAUUUUGCAGCUAUAUGUUUUACUUUGACAUCACAAUUGUAUCAGCAGUCGUAUUUGAACAAUUGUAAAAUUAUUGCUUAUUGUGCAAUGAAAAAGGGGCACAUUAACUGUUUCAAAUUAAGUGGAGAAAGAAUUUUUAACUCCAUUAAUUAAGUACAUGUUUUGUCUGUAUGCUAAAUUGUUGUGAAAGUAAUUCCACUUCAUAAUUUGUUUUAUUGGCAUGUAUUUAUUUACAAAAUUUUAAUCAGAUCAUUGUUCACUUAGGGGUAUUUGAUUGUAAAAUUUGUAUUUACUCAGUAACAAAUGAUAUGAGUCGCCUAAGAAUCUAUAUUUAAUGUUAUGAAAACUAAUAAAAUUGUGAGACAGACAUCAUAUAAUAGGUUUAUAAAAAAAAUAAAUAUUUUUUGGAAAAUUUGUUCCUAGGCCCAAGUUGUAUACACUGUAACUAGGUUAACUAUUAAUUCCUCUAAACCACAUAACUGAAACAUUAAUUUUGUCUAAUCAUUGUGUAAUUUAACAUAUUUUUUGUUUUAAACUUGCUAAGUUAUUGAAUUUCAUUUUUCACAGCUAUUUAAUUUCAACAAAAUUAGAUUUCAUAUAUUCACCACUUUAAAAUGUUUCUUGUAAUACUAAGUCACGUAAAUACAGACAUAUUUCAGUGAUGUUGUUGAAAUACUGGACCAUAUGCUGAUACUAAAUCUCAACAGUAGGGAAUAUUUUGUUGCAGAAUAAUUGUGGAAACAUGGUAAAAGAAAUGGGUGCUGAAUAAUUGCAGUUCAGUAUGUUGUUACUCUAAAUGCAUUAACUGAAAUGUAUCAGUAUUCCCCCUCCAAUCUGCCAUUGAUUUUACAGCUUUUGGAAUUGCUGACUGUAAAAUAAAAAUUUUUGCCUACUCAAUAA